UCUAAUCAAAGUACAAUUUGGAUUGGAACUAUCAAACACUAGAAUUUCCAUGGCAAGCAUUGAAACUCAUUCUACGACCAUGCCCCUGAAAGCCAUAACCUUCUUAGCAUUGAUAUUCCUUGCAUUCACUUCCACCGCUUCAACUCGAAUCCUCACUGGUCUAGAAACACCCACCACCACAGCACCAGAAGAAUUACCUGACUUUGCUGGAUCCCCUGUCUCUUCCACUGUCCCUCCUCUGGUAACAGCUGCUACCCCUGCUGCAGCCAUUGAUGGAGAGUAUCAUCACCACACACUCUCAUUUUUCAUGCAUGACAUUCUCGGUGGAUCGAACCCAACAGCGAGAGCAGUGACAGGGGUGGUUACAAAUCCUGCUGUAAACGCUCAAGUUGCGUUUGCCAAGCCCAACGGUGCAAACCUUCCUCUCAACAAUGGUGUUCCCCAGAACAACAACAACGCUGGAAUUCUCAACAACAACGACCUUCCUUUCAUCACCGGACUGAGUGGAACCACUGGGAAUGUUUUCAACAACAACAACAACAAUGGAAAUGGGAAUGGUUUUUCAGUGACGAAUCCGAAUAACCUCCCAGCAGGCCUUACCCUGCAGAAGUUGAUGUUUGGGACAAUGACAGUGUUUGAUGAUGAAUUGACAGAAGGGCAUGAAUUGGGAUCAGGAAUGGUGGGGAAAGCACAGGGAUUUUACAUAGCAAGCUCAGUGGACGGAACAAGCCAGGUGAUGGCUUUCACUGCAAAGUUUGAGGAGAAUGGUUAUGUGGAUAGUCUCAGCUUCUUUGGUGUCCACGGAACACAAGUCUCAGAAUCACAACUUGCAAUCAUUGGUGGCACUGGAAAGUAUGUGAAUGCUGAGGGCUUUGCUAUUAUUAAGACGUUUCCUGUUACCAAUGAUCAGCAACAUCACACUGAUGGACUCGAGACUCUCUUGCAACUCACUGCCUAUCUUGCAUAGCUAAAUAGGGUGUCUUAGUGUCUUGCUCUUUUAUUCCAUGAAUCGAAACUAUUGCACUUGUAUUUCGUGUGAUGAAUCUCAUUAUGUGUUGUACUAUUGUAACAGGAAGUGGAAAUGUUAUGCUUGAAUUUGAGUCUGCCAAAAAAAAUUGAGUUUAUUGUUUUGGUUUUUGCA